CAGACAGUGAAACACCAAUAGAGGAAAGCUACAAAGAUCAAUCAAGGUUUCCUGCCAGGGAAAGUGCUUUCUUUCUACUUAAUCAAGGGAUAUUAUGGGGAAACUACAGAGCAAAAUUAGCAACAGGCCCUCUAAAUACAGGGCUGAGAAAGAGAACGCACCGGCUAAGGCUGUUCUGCAGUACAGCCCUGCUCACAGCGACGCUGUCACUUCUGUGGCUUCCCUCCCGCCAGACCUGUGCCUGUCAGGAGGAAAUGACAAGACAGUUGCUGUGUACAAUUGGAGAUGUGGCACUUUGGUCAGGCGGUUUGUGGGACACGAACGGGAAGUCACAAAGGUCACUGGACUCCUCAGUUCCAACUGGCUUUUCAGUGCUUCUCGAGACAAAAAGGUGCUGAUGUGGGAGUUGCAUGGUACUUCUGGGCCAGCCCAGUGUUUCUUAGGACAUGAUCUGGUUGUAACCGGUUUGGCUGUUAGUCCAGCUUUUCGACAGCUCUGCACGGGUUCCCGUGACAACACUGUCCGCCUGUGGGACAUAGAAACAGGCGACUGUUUGCAAAAAGCUGCCAUUUCAAGGAAUCUGGUAACACACCUGUGCUGGAUUCCUGGUGAGCCAUACAUCAUCCAGACAUCAGAGGAUAAAACAGUCAGGAUCUGGGAUACCCGUGAACUGCAGGUCGUGCAUUCCUUUCCUGCUAAACAACACAUCCAGAUGUCCUGCGAUGUGAGCCCAGAUGGGCACUACUGCAUCAGUUGUAGCUCUGGAUUUGGUGGAGAUGGCUGUGAGGCCACGCUCUGGGACCUACGGCAGACUAGGAGCAGUGUGCGUGAGUUCCGGAGCCACUUCCAAACCACAGCAUCCUGCAUUUUCCUCCCGAAAGGCCUCACCACCUUUCCUGCCGUUGCCACCGCAUCACAUGAUGGCACAAUAAAAAUGUGGAGCCAGGAAACGGGAGCCUGUCUAACCACCACCUGCCUCGAAGGGGCUGGGCCUCUGCCUUCACUGUCUGCCUGUGAGACAGGCGGCCUCCUCUGCGCCAGCUCAAACUCUGGGAUUCAUUUGCUGAGAGUCAGUGCCACAAAAGGACUGGAGCUCCAGAAAGUGGCCAAGUUCUGACCCUAAGAGACCACCUACUGUGGCUUCACGAGAGAGAAUGGGCAGCAUAUGAAGAGAUGAAGUAGAAAUCUGCAUUAUGUGGCAUUUUCAUGAAGCAAAAGCAGCGAUGGAUGAGAAGACGUGUUGUUCACAUUGAGUUUUGUGCUGCUCUUGAAGGGACGUGGGAGCUCAACCAAUGGAGGUGGCUGGAAUUAUAGCAGCCCAAGAACAGUCAGUAGAGCCCCAAGUGCUCUUUUUGCUGGUUGUAGCCCAGCAAGAAUGUGCCUGACGGCAGAGCAGUGCCUUGUGAUUCAUACAUUUUUCAUACUGCUUCUAUCUGGACAGGUUUUUAAAAUUAUUAUUAAAUAUCAAAACAUGGCAGAGGCGAGAUAGGAGCCACUGCCCUGUUUCCCUCCACCUCAGAUGAUCUGGCAGUCUGUCAACCACAUUUAUAUCUCAUUUUUCAGGGAAUUGAGGAUGGUCCACUAGGUCUGAGAUUAUUUCAUUUCCCACCCUCACCGUAAUCCUGUCAGGUAGGUUAGACUGAGACUGGCUGUAGUCACCCAAAAAGCUUUGUGGCCCAAGUGAGUGAAACAUGUUAAGGUUCAAGUGUCAGAUUAUAAAUGGGGAGAGACAGGUUCAAAUUCCACUCUGCAUGAACCUCACAAGCCACAUCACUCACUCUCAACUUAAAUUACCUCAUAAAAUGGGAGGAGGAA